CGCGGGUGAAAAGACCGACACAAUCUCCGGCUUCUGAGUUCGCUAGUUUCGUCAAUCCAGCAAGAGCUUUCGUUCGGUUUUAUUCACUCUAUUUCGCCAGCCCCAACGUCGGGGGAGAAGCGACUUUCAGCGAGUUCUCUUCAAAUUCUCUCCCAUCGCAUUUUCAUUUCCUAGAGCGCAGUAGAGCAAGUCUCUGAGCUGAUCAUUAUUUAAUUGUUAAUAGUUCUGAAAGAGGCCUGCUUUGAUUGUUUCGGCCUGACUGAAAUGUUGCUUGGUAGACAGAAGCUGUGUGAUGGAUCAUGUUCCCUCGUGAUUUGGUAUGCUUUUGUAGCCAUAUGUUUGUAUUCACCUUUUGCUGCGCCGGCGGUGGCACCUUAUUCCAACUGUUACGCUCUUGAUAACAGCAGCCGCCUUGUUGAUUUUACAGAUUGGAUUGGCCAUGUUAUUACACAUGAAGGGAAGGAUGGUGAUUUGGUUGUGCGAUUUUGUAAAGACGUUGAAUUCCGAUCUCAGAUGGGAUACAUUGAUUUUGGCCGUUUUGGAACUCCUAACUAUUUUGUAGCUGGUUCAGGAUCUAUAGACUUCAUUCAGGGAUUUUACAAUGGAGACCUCACAAAUUGCGAACAUACAUUUGACAAAAUGGGCCGCUCAUCUCAGGUAAACAUUAUUUGUGGAAGCUGCUUAAGUGGAGGAGGGUGUAAAGGUCAGUUUGGUUGCAUUUGCGGCAUAACCUAUGACGAAUCAAAAUGCCGGAUUCUCGUUGAAAUUGCAAUCCCAUGUGCCAGCCGUGAAUCCCGAGUCUUUGAAGGAUUUACUGUUGGUUUUCAUCCCCGGUCAUGGGAAGUAGUUUACAAUGGCUUGACUCAAAUAGGUUUUGAAAAACCUCAUCGUGACUUCAGCUUUGGAACUGACCAGCCACAAGUACCUCUUUAUUUGACUGCAAUUUCUUCUCUUGCCAGUCUCGUCCGUAAACCAUCUUAUAAGGUCUACCCAAAGGAAGGGUUAGAAAUUAGAUUAUCAGGCUCAGCAGCAAGUGGCGUAGCCCCUACAACUUUAUCCCCUACUUUGCUUUUAGUGAAUUGGAGAUGCGAAAGAAUUCGUGAUAGCCCUUAUGAAGUUUACAUCUUAAUCCCUGUUGAGGGUUAUGAUCCAAUUGAAUUCACUCUCACAAAGUUUUGUGACAAUACUCAAGAGAGAGAUGGUGGCUCUUUAAGAGGGUGGGCCACAUUUGGAGUUAUUUCCUGUGUCUUAAUUUUCUUAUCGGUUGUAUCGUGUUGUGGAGGAUUCAUCUACAAGAGUCGCAUAGAACAUCAGCAUGGUCUUUUUGCCUUGCCUGGGAUGACUCUUCUAUCAGCUUGCUUGGAAGCUGUGAGUGGAGCAGGAGCUGAACGUGUGGGAGAUGACUCCUACGGAAAUUCCAUUGCAGCGAGACAAGCUUCAUGGGAGAGAACACAAAGGAACAGUGAAAGAAGAUAUGGUUCCAUGUAGAACGUACAGGGAUAGGCAGUUCUUAGUUAGUGUUUUCAUGGAUCUCACAUUACUGAUAUCAUUGGACUAUGAUUGGCGUAUUUCUUUCUACGGUGGUUGUGAUAUUUUGAUUUGGACUUGGACUAUGAUAUAUUAUAAUGAGCUUCAUUU